AUGAAGGAGCCUACAAUUGGCGCUGCUUUCAUGACCCAGACAGUAAGCCUCAGCUCAGAGGUGGUGAAGUACGAGAUUUGGGAUACAGCUGGGCAAGAGCGGUACAAGAGCCUGGCUCCCAUGUAUUACAGGGGAGCUGCCGCUGCCGUGAUUGUGUUUGACAUCACCUCCCGGGAAUCUUUCGAUGCCGCGAAGUCCUGGGUUGCGGAGUUACAAAACACGGACACCUUGAUUGCCUUGGCUGGAAACAAGUCUGACUUGGAGGCAAGCAGAGCUGUGGAAAGAGAAAUGGCCAAGAGCUAUGCAGACCAGAUGGGCAUCCUCUACAUGGAAACAUCUGCGAAGAGCGGCCAAAAUGUUAACGAGCUUUUCCAUGAGAUUGCUGUUCGCCUGCCCAAGCAGUCCAAGGACCAGCGCUGCAGCAUACUUUGA